AUUAUAUUUCCUCUUUAACGUGUACAGUUUCUGUUCGCCUGGUAACCGGGACAUGCAUGGAACGUAAUUUUUAUUUAUAAAGAUUAAAACGUCUAUCUUGCCUUGUCAGAAAGCUGUGAGCAGAGCAAGAGAUACUAAAUGCAAUCCUUUUUUUCAAAAGGGAGUCGCUUAGUAAAGACACUUCACCAGCAGUCCAGAUUUUAUCAUUGCAAGAUGGUAGACUCAGUGGUUGCGGCUUAUAAAGAGCUCGCAAAAAUACCCAUUGUUAAAGGUGCCAAGAUACUUAGUGUUGAAGAUAAUGAAGUUGCUGUGCAAGUCAACUGGAGUGUGCGCAAUCUUGCAGCGAUGGAAAAUUCUGUCAGCAGUAGUGAUUAUCUUGUUCGCGGAGAAAAGAUCACUGCCAUGCCUCCAGUGCCUGUCAACAAGAACAUAUUGCUGAGCCAGAGGAGCAGCUCGGGUAAACGCCUGGCAUGUCUUGUCAUCUCGGAAAAGGAGAAGGACGAGCAGCACGUAAUGGUUGUAGAACAAGAUGGAUCUAUGUCCACCAUCGACCUCAAAACCGCCAACAAGCAUGGAAAGAUUUAUGCAGAUCCAGAAUUUUCAUGUCUGGAAUGGUCACCAGAUGAUAAGAUGAUCACUUACGUUGCAGAGAAAAAGAGAGUUAAAGCAACAAGCUUCCUCACGCCUUUUGAAGGUGAAGGAGAGGAUGGUCGUGGGCAAGAGUACGUCCAUCUUAAUGAAUGGGGAGAACAGCUUGAGGGAAAACACAAGAGUGUGGUAUGCAUUCUGAAUGUAGACUCAGGGGAGCUGUUGACUCAUGACCUUCCCGACGAGCUUUGUCCUGGCCAGCUAGUGUGGGGACCAGGGGGAAACGGCAUCAUUGGAGUGGCCUUCGUGAGCCAACCUUAUCGUCUGGGUCUUGUCUACUGCCCCAAUAGGGAGUCAAGGCUCUUUUACAUGGAUUUGGAAGGCAAAUAUACUCAGAUCAGCCAGGGCUUGAGCAACAUCCGUAGUCCACGUCUUAGUCCUGACGGCUCACGCAUUGCCUUCCUGAGGUCAACCAUAGGGGGACCCCAUGCCAAGUCAGCCCAGCUUUGUGUCAUGUCAUGGCCUAGCAAAGAGGAAAAAGUAGCAGUUGAUGUGGUCCUCCGUGAGCAGAAGAUUGAGGAAGGCUAUACAUUCAAGGGUAUCUAUGGCUACUCUGGGUUACCUGCCCGGUGCUGGCUCAGUGACAGCAAGCGGCUCCUCUUCUCUUCAUACAAGUUUGAUAACAUUGUGACCUACGUUGUUAAUGUGGACUCAGGCGCAAUUACGGAGUUAACCCACCUGGGGAGCAUGAAUGUGCUCGAUGUGUACCAGGACUGGAUGGUGGCUGAUAACUCCCUCAUCAGCCUUCCCUCAAGAGUUUUGCUUGGGCAUGUUCCAGGGGAAGGACAGGAGGCCACCAUCAAGAAUACUUUCACUGAGGUAACCCCGAGAAGAGAAAUACCUGGCAUCCCAAAUCACUUCCGAUCAUACUGGUCGUUUGUGAAUGAAGUUCCACAUCCUGACUCCAAGUACUCAGACAUCCCCAUUUCAGUCAUCUACUAUGGUCCAACAUAUCUAGAGGAAGGUGCCCCCAAGCGUCCCUUGAUCUGCUGGCCGCACGGAGGACCCCAUUCCACCGUGGCCAAUAUGUUCUACUUCGAGCCCUCCUUCUUCGUCAAGCUGGGCUACUCCGUUGUUUUUCCCAACUACCGUGGUUCUUUAGGGUUUGGAGAGGAUGGGGUCAAUGCCCUCCCUGGCCAUGUUGGUGUUGUUGACGUGUCUGAUGUCCACCAGGCUGUCACCUCCUGUCUUGAAAGAUUUAAAGAUGUUUUGGAUCCAUCACAAGUCUUCCUCUGUGGUGGUUCACAUGGAGGCUUUUUAGUGACUCACUUAGCAGCAAAAUAUCCGGGUCAUUUCAAAGCCACGGUAAUUAGGAAUGCCAAAACUGAUAUAGGGGCUAGUGUCAGUGGCAAAGAUAGUCCAGAUUUGUCCUUUGUGGAAGCUGGCUUCUCCUUUGAGCCAGAGAAGGUUGCAGAUGGUUCUAUGCUGACCAAGAUGUUAGAGGUCUCACCACUGUGCAAUAUUGACAAUAUUAAGACCCCAACACUGUUCCUGGUAGGCAAGAAUGAUGCACGUGUUCCCCCCUCACAGAGCUUCCACUUCCAUAAGAUGCUGUUGGCUAGGGGAGUUGAUACCAAAUUGCUUUUGUAUGAGGACUGUCACUCACUGCGCAAGACAAAUGUAGAGGCCGACUCUGUCAUCAAUACUGCUUUGUGGUUUGAGAAAUACAGGCAAAAAUAGGUGGCCUCUUGAGCCUUCACACAAGCUGACAUCUUGAGUUUUGAGAUUUUGUGAUACCCAGCUUUGGGAAACACUAUAAAAACAUCAGAUUCAUAUGACAUUUUACUUUUUUUUUUUAAUAUGUGAUGUAUAACAAUUU